UCAAAAACCUAGCCCAAUAUUGAGAUAUCUCAAUCAUUACGGUUUCCUCCCCACACUGACUUUACCUCAUUUUUGAUCUCUCCCAUUUGAUACCCUUUCCCUUACAUCAGAUUUCUCAAAAAUUAUUUUUCAUUUUUUUAGGAAAAACCCUAAAUUCUUCAAAACUCUCACGGACAGAAAUCUCAUUCGAUUUUCUCCAGAAAAGUUUAGCGAAGAUGGUGUUAGCACAAUUAGGGGGGAGCAUCUCCCGGGCGAUACAACAGAUGAGCAAUGCCACGAUAAUCGAUGAGAAGGUUUUAAACGAAUGCCUCAAUGAAAUCACCAGAGCUCUUCUUCAAUCCGAUGUUCAAUUCAAGCUCGUUCGUGAUAUGCAAACUAAUAUUAAGAAGAUCGUCAAUCUUGAUGAUCUAGCUGCCGGUCAUAACAAGCGAAAAAUCAUCCAACAGGCAAUUUUUAAUGAACUUUGUAAGAUGUUGGAUCCUGGGAAGCCGGCUUUCACACCGAAGAAAGGGAAAACGAGUGUUGUGAUGUUUGUUGGUUUACAAGGGUCUGGAAAAACAACUACAUGUACAAAAUAUGCCUAUUAUCAUCAGAAAAAAGGUUGGAAACCAGCUCUAGUCUGUGCUGAUACAUUCAGAGCUGGUGCUUUUGAUCAAUUGAAGCAGAAUGCCACUAAAGCUAAGAUUCCAUUUUAUGGAAGCUACAUGGAGUCAGAUCCUGUGAAAAUUGCUGUGGAAGGUGUUGAGAGGUUUAAGAAAGAAAAUUGCGAUCUUGUAAUUGUGGAUACCAGUGGGCGCCAUAAACAGGAGGCUGCCCUAUUUGAGGAAAUGCGUCAAGUCUCUGAAGCAACGAAACCAGAUCUUGUUAUUUUUGUUAUGGAUAGUAGUAUAGGUCAAGCUGCUUUUGAUCAAGCUCAAGCAUUUAAACAAAGUGUUGCAGUUGGUGCUGUAAUUGUCACAAAAAUGGAUGGUCAUGCAAAGGGUGGUGGUGCUCUCAGUGCGGUUGCUGCUACUAAGAGUCCUGUCAUAUUUAUAGGAACUGGAGAGCACAUGGAUGAGUUUGAAGUGUUUGAUGUUAAGCCAUUUGUAAGCCGUCUUUUAGGCAUGGGUGACUGGUCUGGAUUCAUGGACAAAAUUCAUGAAGUUGUUCCCAUGGAUCAACAACCUGAGCUUCUCCAAAAGCUUUCAGAAGGGAACUUUACCUUAAGGAUUAUGUAUGAGCAAUUUCAAAACAUACUCAAAAUGGGUCCAAUUGGGCAGGUUUUCUCAAUGCUUCCAGGAUUUAGUGCUGAACUAAUGCCGAAAGGUCGUGAAAAAGAAAGCCAGGCAAAGAUCAAGCGCUACAUGACCAUGAUGGACUCAAUGACGAAUGAAGAGUUGGAUAGCUCAAAUCCCAAGCUCAUGAAUGAAUCAAGGAUGAUGCGAAUAGCGCGGGGGUCGGGACGUCAUAUUCGAGAGGUAAUGGAAAUGAUGGAGGAGUACAAGCGGCUAGCAAAGAUAUGGAGCAAGAUGAAGGGGCUGAAAAUUCCAAAGAAGGGUGAAAUGAGUGCGUUGUCUCGGAACAUGAAUGCACAGCACAUGAGCAAGGUCCUGCCUCCGCAGAUGUUAAAGCAAAUUGGGGGUAUGGGUGGGUUGCAGAACUUGAUGAAGCAAAUGGGUUCUACCAAAGACAUGAUGGGGAUGUUUGGAGGUGGUGGGGACAAGUAAUGUAAUUUUCCACACCCACUCCAAGGCUCUACUUUGGACUGCUAAUGCAGGACAGGAUUCUCCAUGUUGAAGACAAAGAGAGAGAAUAUAUGCAUAUCCCCAAGUGCAAACUGUGUUUUCCAGCACAGGCAUGUAUUGUGAUUUUGAGAUAUAUAAUUUUUCUUUUCUCACUAUAUUUCAACAUUUAGAAUUCAAUUUUCUCCUUUUGUACGCAUUUAGAUGAGCAUAGAAGUGUUUGGGACUGAACUUUUUACAAAUGAACUAUAAAUGUAACAGCAUGUUUGGUUUGCUGAAUGGAAUAGAUAUUACGAUGUUUGGUUGGUUAAAAA